AUGAAGUUUAACGCGGUGAUUUUCGCGGCCGCGCUGGCGGCAGAAAUAGCUUCGGCCGCACUUUACGAUUCAUCAUUCGACUCCGGGAGCCUCUUUGCGCCAGGCUUUCAAAUACUCUUUUUAUCGAAAACUACAGUAAAAAUCCCCAUUCGAUCAAUUACUAUCAAUUUGUCCCCUUUUCAAAAAUACAAAUUCUUCAAUUCAAAACUAGUAAUGGAGCCAUUACCACAGAGGCAAAUCGCAGUCUGUAAUACUCUGUAUUUAAACGCAGGAGAAGAGCCGCUGAGCAAAAUCUACAGCGGGCUUUAUUACAAAAAGUACGCUAGUGAAUGGAUCCGCGAUGCAUUCAACAAAAAAGGCCAAGAAGUACCUGUUGUGUUGAGAAAAGCACGAUUCAAAAUUGGACGCUCAAGGGUUAAACAUGGUUGGGUCCUUGGAUAUGAACUAAACAGAAGCAUACGAAUCCGGUAUUUCUCAGAAGGAUCCAUGAACUGCCCAGCCGAUCUGCGCCAAUGGAUGCGAGUGCACGAUCUGCGCGCUUAUAAAAGCAGAAGUCUCCGGAAAAAAGUCAUCAACCUCGGCUCUUUCCGACCUACUCCAGUGAAAAUGCUCUUCGACCGCGAUUGA